AUGCAUGCCCAUUUUCUGCUGGCCCUUGCAGGCCUAUGCAGCGCAAUCCCUGUCCAAGAUGGACCCCAGCAACGUCUUCUGAAUGGUCUCGAGCUCCCGACUAAUUACAACGGUGUCACCGGCGGCGGACGCAUCCCGUUCACCCCCAGUCACCGAGACCCAUAUGACAAGGCCGUGGACUCUGUUGGCGAUAAGCUUGAUCCGCUCCCUUGGCGCAAUGGACUGGGUGCAUCUGUCCUCGGUCCCUGGAAUAAUGGGCGCUCUCGACAGAGUCCUGACCUCGUGAGGCCUCCCAGCACCGACAAGGGCAAUCUGCCCAACAUGCGCUGGAGCUUUGCCGAUUCCCACAUCCGCAUUGAGGAAGGAGGAUGGACUCGACAGACCACAGUCCGCGAACUCGGAACCAGCGUCGAACUUGCCGCUGUCAACAUGAGACUUGAUGAAGGAGUGAUUCGUGAGCUUCACUGGCACAAGGAAGCUGAGUGGGCGUAUGUUCUCGAGGGCGAGGUCCGCGUGACCGCACUUGACUAUGAAGGGGGUAACUUCAUCGACGACUUGAAGAAGGGAGAUAUUUGGUACUUCCCUAGUGGUGUGCCUCACUCUUUGCAAGGACUGAGUCCCAACGGCACCGAGUUCCUCCUGAUUUUUGACGAUGGCCGCUUCUCCGAAGAAUCAACAUUUAUUCUGACAGAUUGGUUUGCGCAUACCCCUAAGUCCGUGCUGUCAAAAAACUUCAACCUGGAUCCCAGGGUGUUUGCCCACAUCCCUGCCGGGGAAAAGUACAUUUUCCAGGGCUCUCAACCAGGCUCCAUUGAUGAAGAAGCUCCACGGGGCAAGCAGGCGAAGAAGUCCAAGUACCAAUUCACUCAUCGGAUGCUUGACCAGGACCCCAUCCAGAGCACCAACGGCGGUGGUGAGGUCCGCAUUACUGAUUCGAACAACUUCCCCGUUUCCAAGACGGUCUCAGCCGCACACGCAAUCAUCGAGCCUGGUGCGAUCCGGGAAAUGCACUGGCACCCCAAUGCAGACGAGUGGUCAUUCUUCAUCAAGGGUCGUGCCCGUGUCACCAUUUUCGCUGCCGAAGGCACUGCUCGAACCUUCGACUACCUUCCCGGAGACGUGGGCAUUGUGCCUCGCAAUAUGGGUCACUUUGUCGAGAACAUCGGGGAUGAGCCCAUUGAGAUGCUCGAGGUUUUCCGCUCUGACGAGUUCCGAGACAUCUCCUUGUUCCAAUGGAUGGGCGAGACUCCUCAGCGACAUGUGGCCGAUACCCUCUUCGCCGACGACCCUGAAAACGCGAAGAAGUUCCUUGAUCGGAUCCAAAAUGCUGAGCAUAACGUUGUGACCAAGCCCGACUUCCGUCGGGAGGGCCAUUCGGGUCUGGAACUUUAG